AAAAAAAAAGAAGCGUCACGCUCACACACUACCCUCUUCUCUCGUGCCCCUUCCUCUUCUUCUCUUCUCUUCUGAACGAAACAAAAUAAAUAAAACUCCUUAGGGUUCCUCUGUUCUUCUUCUUCGCCCCAAAAAAACCACGCUACGCGAAAACCAAAAUUAGGGCACAGAUUGAAAAACCACACAUAUACCUACCAUUAUUCGCCAUUGCAGAAGCUCAAAUCCCUCGGCAUUCUCAACAACCCUCAUUCUCCUUUUUCGCUCUCUAAACAGAGCUCAGAGGACCUUCUCGCAUGGCGAAAACGAGACCAGGGAAAAGAGACUUGGACUCGUACACCAUCAGAGGCACCAACAAGAUCGUAAGAGUUGGUGACUGCGUUUUGAUGCGUCCUUCGGACACAUCGAAGCCACCGUACGUGGCGAGAGUGGAGAAGAUCGAGUCCGAUAGUAGGAACAACGUGAAGGUUCGUGUGAGAUGGUACUAUAGGCCUGAAGAGUCCAUUGGUGGAAGGAGACAGUUCCAUGGGGCAAAGGAGCUUUUCUUAUCUGAUCAUUAUGAUAUUCAGAGUGCUCACACCAUUGAAGGGAAGUGUGUUGUUCACUCCUUUAAGAACUACACAAAGCUUGAGAAUGUGGGUGCCGAAGAUUACUACUGUAGGUUCGAGUACAAGGCUGCUACUGGAGCUUUUACACCCGACCGCGUCGCUGUGUAUUGCAAGUGUGAGAUGCCUUAUAACCCGGAUGACCUCAUGGUGCAGUGUGAGGGAUGCAAGGAUUGGUACCAUCCUGCAUGUGUGGGAAUGACUAUUGAAGAAGCAAAGAAGUUGGACCACUUUGUAUGUUCUGAAUGUUCAUCUGAUGAUGACAUGAAGAAACCCCAGGCUACAUUUCCAGUGUCACCAGGAUCUGAUGGCAAGAUGAAUGAAUAUUUUCAGGUGGAGCCGAAGCGACGGAAGAGAUGACCAUCAAGGUAGAGGAUUUAGCGUGAGACGUGGCUUUUGCUGAACUUUGGCUGUGGUUUGUGUGGUAGUAGUUGGUGUGUUUGUACAGCUUCGACCAGAGGCUAUAAAACAUUUGAUGUAUUUGACUCAGCUUAUGUAUCUAUUGGUGCUAGUUUUAUGACUUA